UUCCAACAGUUGGCCAGAAUCAGAGGAAGUAGGCAGAGUGUUCCUCCUAAGGAGCAAUGAUCCCCGAAGAUCAGAGUGGUGAACUCGAAGUGUUUUCGGCCAGGAACCAAACAUCACUCUUGCUUGGAGCGGCGGGUUUAGGUACCUAUUGAAGGGUCUCUCAUUGAUCUUGAUGAGGGUGAAUCGUGAGCAAAGACCGCUUUCGAAACCGAAGGGAUAAUAUUGGUGAAGUGUGUUCUGUUGGUGUGUGUUUGGUGGGAGGAGGGCUGUAUUGGAAUGAAGUGUCUUCUAAGUGCCAAAAGAAAUCCUCCGCCGGGUUUCCCACCACUCGAUUCUUCUUCAUUCUUGUGAAGCAGUCGGCAGGAAGCUAUUUCCGGGACAGGGGACUUGAGUUUCAAACUUCAAGAAAGUGAAAAGUGACGAGGCGAACGAGAAUCGAACCCUUCUGAACGAACAACGGAAGGUCGAAGAUGAGGCUGAGCCAAAGUUUUCUUUCUGACUUCUGGGAACCAUCACCUUGAGCUAAAGAUCGAUCUUCUUUUCUUUCCCAAUUGUCUGUUUGGGAUUGCAAUGAAGUAUUGCCCAAGCCAUGGCAUCUGAUGGCCAAGUGUGUUGAUGAACAAUCCCACCUCGAAUGUCAACAUGCCCACCUUUGCCCUUGGGUCCACAUGGGCAUUAGUCUGUUUAGUGUGUGCCACUACGAAUCACGCGGUGGUGAAUGGAGACGCUGCUCGAGGUUACUCCUCUUCGCCUUCGUCAAGCGGACAAGUAUCCUCUUUGGUGAGCACAUCUCUGGUCUAUCAAUCCGGAGAAACUGCCCUUCUACCCUGUGACAUUUCCGUACCAGAUGAAUCCAAAGGAGAUGAACUGUCUUUAAUAAUGUGGUACCGAGAGGACGUUAAGUCCCCCAUAUACAGUAUCGAUGCUCGGACUGGAGUACACAUCCCUACCGUGAACGACAUUCGAAGUCAUUGGAUCGAUACCAACCUGUUUGGCCACAAUCGUGUGGUGUUCGACACGAGUCCAGGGCCUGAUCGGGCCCGAUUGAAGAUCUACAACGUCAGUGAAUCCGAUGAUGGCCUUUAUCGCUGUCGUGUGGAUUUCAAGGCCUCUCAGACACGCACUUCUCGCGUGAAUCUCACCGUGAUAGUUCGGCCUCAGAAACCUCUGAUCAGGAACUUCGACUCCGGCGACAUCGUCCAGGGCUAUUUGGGACCUUAUCAGAUUGGAACACGUCUUUCACUGCUCUGCCAAGUGAUUGGAGGUAAACCGAGACCCCGAGUGAUUUGGUAUCGGAAUGACCGACCACUCAACUCCAUCUCAUGGUCGAGCACGGAUCCAGACACGGGAUUCGAUAUCAUGAAUAAUAAUAUCACCAUCGAGGCCCUGACUCGGAAAGAUGUUCACAGCGAAUUCACGUGCGAGGCGACCAAUUUCGACAACAUUGUUCAACGGACAUCGGUGGAGCUGGACUUGAAAUAUCAAGCCCAUAACGUGAGCAUUCUCAGGAAGAACACGCCUCUUCGAGCAGGAUCGCAACAUGAGUUCAUGUGCCAAGCCUUUGGUUCGAGACCCGCAGCAUCUUUAACUUGGUGGUUUGGCGACCUUCAGAUCCGCCCAGAUUACGACCACGUUCAUAUUACCUCAUCGGCUUCUGGAGAGACCUCGAUUUCUACACUCACUUAUACGCCAAAACACGAGGAUAAUGGGCAGACUCUUCGAUGUCGUUCCACCAACCCGGAGAUCCAUCGAGGAGUUCUCGAAGAUAACUGGACCCUAGAUGUCCAAUAUCCUCCAAUUGUGGAAAUUCGAUUGGGCAAGAGCCUCGUGGCCUCGGCCAUUCGACAAGGGGUGGAUGUCUACUUUGAUUGUCUCAUCAAAGCUAAUCCAUCACCCAAGACCAAAAUUGUCACUUGGCUUCAUAACGGCCAAAUCCUGAAGCAGAAUCGCCAUGAUGACCCCCGGGCUCGAAUGGUUCUCCCGAGUGUAAAUGACCCCAAUAGUCUGGUUCUCCAAGGGGUCAAGAAAGCGGCCAGAGGAAACUACAGCUGCAGAGUGGGUAAUGGAAUACCCACUCACGACUACGAAGUUCAGGCCCAGCCCAAAUUUCUUGACGUCAAAUUUCCCCCCGUGUGCACCCCCAAGGGAGUCAAGGUGUACGGCGUGGCCAAGAUGGAGACAGCCCACAUUGCGUGCAUGGUGGAGGCCAAUCCUCCGGAGGUCAAUUUCAGAUGGACCUUCAAUAAUUCGGCCGAGGCUAAACAAGUGGAGCAAAGGUUCAUUCAUACGAACGCUUCCAGAAGUAUUCUGACCUUUACUCCUACACGAACCUUGGAAUAUGGAACACUCAUGUGUUGGAGUCGAAAUUCUGUUGGAGAACAACGAGAUCCUUGCGUUUUUCACAUCAUUGCUGCAGGCAAACCGGAAGCCGUUCAGAAUUGCACGGUGGUGAACGAGUCCACAGAUUCAUUCCAAGUACACUGCUCGCCUGGAUUCAAUGGAGGAUUGCCGCAACAAUUCCGAUUGGCGGUGUACAAAGUUCAUGGGACAAUGUCUGACCGAAUGUUGGUGGCCAAUUUGACCUCGCCUGUCCCCAGUUUCAGUGUGACUGGCCUCCAACCUGGAUCACACUAUUUGGGCGAGAUCCACGGGUUUAACGUCAAAGGAGUGGGUGUACCCUUCAUGAUUCGAGUGUAUACACUCAAACUGCCUGAAAAAUUGAUUCCUCCAAUUUCCGUUGAGCCAUCGCCAAAUAAUAAGCUCCAUCAAAUAUCCGAACUAAAUCCCUGGAUGCUCACACUUUUGGGCAUUGGGGCGGGUGUCCUUGUGGUAAUUGUUCUGGUGGCGAUUGCCAUUCGAUUUCACGUGGGACGAGGAUCCCGCAGUUGUCGAAGUCGAUGUACGGAAUCGGCCACAAAUCGAGUGGUGGUCACCACAAUCGAAGACGAGAUGGACUUGGAUCAAAACGCUCAACGAUUGAUGCUCUUAGAAUCGCGAAACGGAGGUAGUCUUAGUGGCAAAGGAUGGGGAGACGAUGAUUCGCAGGAUUUCGACGAGUUCAUUACGGCUCCGGAUAUCCACCAUCAUCAGCAUGCACAAUCCCAACAUCAAUCCCAAUCUCAGAAUCAACAGCAAAGACCACCUGAUCCCAUGUCCAAAAUGGUGACCAUUCGUCAUUCAGGUAGCAAAGACUGUCUCACCCGUCGAGGGAGCGGGGGGCUUCCACCGCCAAAUCUGAAUAAUCCCAGUGGCCAAUCCAUGCGACCCGCAGAUUUUUGUACCUUAAGACGAGCUCAUCCCACAAAUGGAUCACAAAUGAAUAAUAAUACUCUGGGUAAUCGGCGGAAUGUCCAAUUUGCCGAUCAAAAUCCCCCUCCCAAUAUGGGUGGAUCCGCUGGCGAGGUCAUUCAUGGCUCGCCAAGAAAGCAAGCACCACACUUGUUGCCUGAGAAGACUCACAUGAUCAUAGGGCCCCCGGCCUAUCCCAAUCCGCCCCCCGUGGGGGCUCCUCGUCAUCCUCAUUCCGCUUUCAUGUAUGCCACGCUCAGACCGGGGCAGCAGAGGAAGGAAAGUGGGACCUUUCACGAAUUCAUUCCCCCGCCCCCUCCGCCCAUGUUUGAAACGGGGAUGCUGCCGCCGCCUCCCCCACUCACGAGCGAAGAGAAGAAAGAAAAGAAGAAACGGGAAAGCACAGUAUGACGGAAAGGAAACCCAACCCUUCUCUAAUUUGUCAAUGCCCUGAAAUCAGGGUGCAAGGAGGAAAUAAUAUGUGAAACAAUAUGCUCAAAUUUCAUCGGAGGGCGGGUCUAGCUAUUGGAAAUGAUCGCGCACGUGCGAAGCUUCCAUCGAGAAUUAUCGAUCCAAAUCAUGUGAUGUUCAAACUCAUAGGAUGAUCAAAUUGAUCCAAGAACCUGUCACUUUCUUUCGUAUUGAGACCAAUUAGUGCAAACAAAUGCAAUUCACCAUUUCAGACUAGUUACUACGCGAUCCGUUUGAGACUUGUUGAGUAUCCAAAUUUGAGAAAUAUGGAACUUGAAAUAUAGAGACUAAAACCCC